GUGUGUGUGUGUGGGUGUGAAAGUGAACACAUUGUUCUCACGCACACAUGAAUGUGUGAUGACAGGACAUUCCUCUGAAGAUCAUUCUCCUGUGCAGUUCAGCAGGUUUGGGGCAAAAGGAGAAAUCAGCUGUUCAUGAAGAUGUUGCAGUCUAUCUCCAAAAUCCAGAUGAGGAGGUGGAAGCUGAAGGCGAAAGCUUUAAUUAUUACUGGCACUUUGUGCUUGAUCCUACUGGUGAGAACAUAUGUCCAGAACAUGAAUCAAGAGGAGAUUGCACUAUCAGAAUAUGAAUGGAAUCUGGAAAGCGAAGCUGGGACGCCUCAAGUUUUUCCAAGUUUACCUCCCAAAUGUGAACAGAACUCAUCUGCUUCCAAUAUCAGUGGAUUUUCCUCCUUGCCCCAACACAUCCAAGACUUCCUGUAUUACCGCCAUUGUCGGCAUUUCCCAAUGUUGCUCAAUGUUCCUGACAAGUGUGGGGGUCCCGAGAAGUCUUCAGACGUGUUUCUUUUGUUGGUCAUCAAGAGUUCUCCACCUAAUUACGACAGACGGGAGGUGUUGAGGAAAACAUGGGCUGCUGAGAGGCUGCAGAAUGGCGUCUGGAUUCGUACCGUGUUUAUAUCCGGGACUGCUGGACAGAGCUUUGAGAAGCAGAGGCUGAACAAACUCCUGGAAGCAGAGAACCUUGAACACAAGGACAUUCUGCAGUGGGACUUUCAUGAUUCCUUCUUCAACCUCACACUCAAGCAGAUCCUUUUCUUGGAAUGGAUGGAGAAAUUUUGCCCCAACGCCCACUUCCUGCUCAACGGGGAUGAUGACAUUUUCGCCAACACAGAUAACAUGGUGGUGUAUCUCCAAGGGUUGGGUGAUGAUGGUGCCAACAAACACUUAUUUGUUGGCCACCUAAUCCAGUAUGUUGGCCCAAUCAGGAAUGUGGCCAGCAAAUAUUAUGUCCCGGUCCAAGUUCAGGAAUCUGAUAGGUAUCCUCCCUAUUGUGGUGGAGGAGGCUUCCUGCUUUCACGUUUUACUGCCAAGACAAUCUACAAUAUGUCUCACUCCAUCAUUAUUCUGCCAAUAGAUGAUGUUUACAUGGGAAUGUGUCUGGAGAAAGCUGGGCUGAAACCUUCUUCCCACAUGGGCGUUCGGACAGCCGGCCUACACAUUCCCUCGAAAGCGCUGGACCCUUAUGACCCUUGCUAUUACCGUGAAAUGAUCCUAGUUCACAGAUUCCUGCCUCAUCAAAUUUACAUCAUGUGGUACGAAGUCCACCAGCAAGAUCUCAAAUGUGGAAAAACCCUUACUGCUCAUGAAUCAUGACUCUUGAAAGCUUCUGCAUGAAUGUAUUUAACACACUUUUAUCCACAGCAAUUUGCAUGAUGGGAUUGCUUUGCAUGUGUACAUACCUGGGCAGCAUGACACAGACAUAACAUGCUUUAUAUACACCUGUCCUCAGACUGGCUGGUUACUGUGCAAAAAAUAUUGAUAUAAUAGCUAUUUCAGAACUUUCCCUGAACAAUCUUUCUUUUUUUAAAUAAAGGCUACAAAAACAAACACUGGUAAAUAUAUAAAUCUCCUGUAGCUACCUCUUCUGCUUCUGCGGGCAUCACCAUGCCAAUUGCAUCUCUCUCUUCUCCUGCUCCAGAAAGCUCCUCUACUUUGUGCAAUCUUGGCUUUGAUAUUAGUCGCUAUAUCGCCUUAGUACCUGUAUUCAGGGAAAAUGAAUUAGAUGCAUUCCCUGUUUUUGAGUGCAUUGCUAUUAUGUUGA